AUGGUCUUCUUCGUGGUCUUCUUCGUGGUCUUCGUGGUCUUCGCCAUGGUCUUCGCCAUGGCUUAUGUUCGAGUAGUUGAACACUGGAAUUGUAGGAAUCAUGUGCAGCUACUUGGACCAUCAGAAAUCGAGCGUCGACCUGUAUCAAGUGAGGCCGUCGAAGUACCGACCAGCAGAGACAACGGUGACUAUGACUCGGCCUGUAGCAGAGACAACGGUGACUAUGACUCGGCCUGUAGCAGAGACAACGGUGACGAUGACUCGGCCUGUAGCAGAGACAACGGUGACUAUGACUCGGCCUGUAGCAGAGACAACGGUGACGAUGACUCGGCCUGUAGCAGAGACAAUGGCGACUAUAACUCGGCCUGUGGCAGAGACAACGGUGACGAUGACUCGGCCUGUGGCAGAGACAACGGUAACGAUGACUCGGCCUGUAGCAGAGACAACGGUGACGAUGACUCGGCCUGUAGCAGAGACAACGGUGACGAUGACUCGGCCUGUGGCAGAGACAACGGUGACGAUGACUCGGCCUGUGGCAGAGACAACGGUGACGAUGACUCGGCCUGUGGCAGAGACAACGGUGACGAUGACUCGGCCUGUGGCAGAGACAACGGUGACGAUGACUCGGCCUGUAGCAGAGACAACGGUGACGAUGACUCGGCCUGUAGCAGAGACAAUGGCGACUAUAACUCGGCCUAUGGCAGAGACAACGGUGACGAUGACUCGGCCUGUAGCAGAGACAAUGGCGACUAUAACUCGGCCAGUGGCAGAGACAACGGUGACGAUGACUCGGCCUGUGGCAGAGACAACGGUGACGAUGACUCGGCCUGUGGCAGAGACACCUAUGAUGACGAGUCCAUUCAGCAGGUGGAUAUGUUUCUGUCUCCAAGAGGAACUGCAAACAUUGUGGGGAAGGAAUCGAUGUCCUCUCAGAGAAUGGUGUGUCAAUAUUGUGUUGGAAUCAGUGUCUUGUGUUAG